GCCCCGAGCCCACCGCGCCGCCCGCCCGCCGCCUGGGCUCGUCCCGCCGCCCUCGGAGGACGGCCGGCCAUGGACGCCUGCAAGUUGGAGCCGAGCGGGAGGGUGUGAGCGCGCCGGGGGCCGGGAGCCCGCGCCGCGCAGCCGGGCAGCCGGGCGCGCCGGGGGUGGGUCCCUCUCCCCAGCCCGGCUCUGCGUGGAAGAAGAGGGCGGGGACCGGCACGGGGAGGAGAGCGGAGGAGGAGAAGGGGGCAUGACUCGUGCAACUUGCGGCGGGCAUCCACCGAGCCUCUGAGCCGCCGGCGGCCCGGGGCCCGGAUUGCGGCCGCGCGGAUCCCACCCAGCCCACCCCGCCCCGGCCGACGGCUGCGGCUGACCUGGAUCCUCGGAGCGCCCGGCGGCCGGCAGCGAUCGGCCUUCGUCUUCCGGGCUGGUUUCUGGAGCGCGGGGAGCGCUCUCCUCGCGGCCCCUCUCGCCGGACCCCCGGACCCCGAUGGCUCGGAUGGGGCUUGCGGGCGCCGCUGGACGCUGGUGGGGACUCGCUCUCGGCUUGACCGCAUUCUUCCUCCCAGGCGCCCACGCCCAGGUGGUCCAGGUGAACGACUCCAUGUACGGUUUCAUCGGCACGGACGUGGUCCUGCACUGCAGCUUCGCCAACCCGCUGCCCGGCGUGAAGAUCACCCAGGUCACGUGGCAGAAGGCCACCAACGGCUCCAAGCAGAAUGUGGCCAUCUACAACCCCGCCAUGGGCGUCUCCGUGCUGGCUCCCUACCGUGAGCGCGUAGAAUUCCUGCGGCCCUCUUUCACCGACGGCACCAUCCGCCUCUCCCGCCUUGAGCUGGAGGACGAGGGCGUCUACAUCUGCGAGUUCGCCACCUUCCCUGCUGGCAAUCGAGAGAGCCAGCUCAACCUCACUGUAAUGGCCAAACCCACCAACUGGGUAGAGGGCACCCAGACGGUGCUUCGAGCCAAGAAGGGGCAGGAUGACAAGGUCCUGGUGGCCACCUGCACCUCGGCCAACGGGAAGCCUCCCAGCGUGGUGUCCUGGGAAACGCGCCUGAAGGGCGAGGCGGAGUACCAAGAGAUCCGGAACCCCAACGGCACGGUGACCGUCAUUAGCCGCUACCGCCUGGUGCCCAGCCGGGAAGCCCACCAGCAGACCCUGGCCUGCAUCGUCAACUACCACAUGGACCGCUUCCGGGAAAGCCUCACCCUCAACGUGCAGUACGAGCCCGAGGUGACCAUCGAGGGGUUUGAUGGGAACUGGUACCUGCAGCGGACGGAUGUGAAGCUCACGUGCAAAGCCGAUGCUAACCCCCCUGCCACCGACUACCACUGGACCACGCUGAAUGGCUCUCUCCCCAAGGGCGUGGAGGCCCAGAACAGAACCCUCUUCUUCAGGGGGCCUAUCAACUACAGCCUGGCAGGGACCUACGUGUGUGAGGCCACCAACCCCAUCGGCACCCGCUCGGGCCAGGUGGAGGUCAACAUCACGGAAUUCCCCUACACCCCGUCUCCUCCCGAGCACGGGCGGCGCGCCGGGCCGGUGCCCACGGCCAUCAUUGGGGGCGUGGCGGGGAGCAUCCUGCUGGUGGUGAUCGUGGUCGGCGGGAUCGUGGUCGCCCUGCGCCGGCGCAGGCACACCUUCAAGGGCGACUACAGCACCAAGAAACACGUGUAUGGCAACGGCUACAGCAAGGCGGGCAUCCCCCAGCACCACCCGCCCAUGGCCCAGAACCUGCAGUACCCUGAUGACUCGGACGAUGAGAAGAAGGCCGGCCCCCUGGGCGGGAGCAGCUACGAGGAAGAAGAGGAGGAGGAGGGCGGCGGAGGGGGCGAGCGCAAGGUGGGCGGCCCCCACCCCAAAUACGACGAGGACGCCAAGCGGCCCUACUUCACGGUGGAUGAGGCAGAGGCCCGUCAGGACGGCUACGGGGACCGGACUCUGGGCUACCAGUAUGACCCUGAGCAGCUGGACUUGGCCGAGAACAUGGUUUCUCAGAACGACGGGUCUUUCAUUUCCAAGAAGGAGUGGUACGUGUAGCCUCCCUCUCCCGAGCCUCUGUCGGCUCCCCUUUCUCCCCGGCCCCCACCCGCACGCCCCCUGCCCUCCCCCACUCGCCCACUCCUCCAGGAGCUCGACAGAGACUCGCCCGGCUGCCCAAAGCCAGCCCCACACUGCCGGGGAGUGGGGAGCCCAGGGCAGACACGACCCGGCUUUGUUUUGAUUUCCUCCCUGUCCCCCGCCCUCCCCGUGGUGUUGUGUUCACUGUGGCUUUGGUGUCGCUGUACCUUCCCUCCCCUGACCACCGCCCCCACCCG